ACUUUGAGUUCAUACACCACAAGCCAAAUAUAUUCUCUUAUACAUUCAAACAUUUUCAAAACAAUAUAAGAAAUGGGAAUUGGAGAAAUAUGGUCACAACUAGGGUCAAUUAUGGCAAGCAUAAUGUUUGUAUAUGCCAUGUAUGAGCAAUUCUUCCCACCACGUCUUCGUAGAUAUUUUCAAAAAUACACACAAAAAAUCACAAACCUUACAUACCCUUACAUCCAAAUAACCUUCCAUGAGUUAUCUGGAGAACGUUUAAGACAAAGUGAAACUUACAAAGACAUUCAAACAUAUCUUAGUGAUAACUCAUCAAAAAAAGCCAAAAGACUUAAAGCUGAAGUGGUCAAAGAUAGUCAAACUCCAAUUGUCCUAAGCAUGGACGAUAAUCAAGAGAUUACAGAUGAGUUUAAUGGAAUCAAAGUGUGGUGGUCUGCUAAUCACAUCACCACAAAAUCACAACAAUUUUCAUAUUACCCUGCCUCUGAUGAAAAGAGAUUCUUAACACUAACUUUCCACAAAAGCCACCUUGAUGUUAUUACUAACUCAUAUAUUCAACAUGUGUUGGAAAAAGGAAAAGCUAUUAAAUUGAAGAAUAGGCAACUUAAGCUUUUCACAAACAAUCCUAGCAAUGAUUGGUGGGGGUAUAAAAAAUCAAAGUGGAGUCACACAACUUUUGAACACCCUGCAAGGUUUGAAACACUUGCAAUGGAACCAAACAAGAAAGAAGAGAUCAUAAAUGAUCUUGAAUAUUAUGCUAAAGUUGGUAAAGCUUGGAAACGUGGUUAUUUACUUUAUGGUCCUCCUGGAACUGGAAAAUCUACAAUGAUAUCCUCUAUUGCUAAUUUCAUGAACUAUGAUGUUUAUGAUCUUGAAUUAACAACUGUUAAGGAUAAUAAUGAGUUGAAGAGACUUUUGAUCGAGACGUCGAGUAAAUCGAUUAUAGUUCUUGAAGAUAUCGAUUGUUCGCUCGAUCUUACAGGUCAGAGGAAGAAGAAAAAGGAGAAAGAUGGUGAUGAUGAGAGUGAGGAGGCAAAAAAGGAUCCUAUUAAGAAAAGUGAAGAAGAACAGAAAAAGGAAAGUAAGGUAACACUUUCUGGAUUGUUGAAUUUUAUUGAUGGAAUUUGGUCAGCAUGUGGAAGUGAGAGGAUCAUAAUUUUCACAACAAAUUUUGUGGACAAACUUGAUCCUGCUCUAAUUAGAAGGGGAAGAAUGGAUAAACAUAUUGAAAUGUCUUAUUGUAGUUAUGAAGCUUUUAAGGUACUUGCAAGAAACUACUUAGAUGUUGAGUCACAUGAUGAAUUUUUUCCAAUUAUUGAAAAAUUGUUGGGAGAGACUAACAUGACACCUGCUGAUGUUGCUGAGAAUUUGAUGCCAAAGUCAAUUAGUGAAGAUUUUGAGUCUUGUUUGAAGACUUUGGUUCAAUCUCUUGAGAGUGCAAAGAAAAAAGCAGAGGAGGAAGCAAAGAAAAAAGUUGAGGAUGAGGAAGCACAAUUGAAAAUAGAGAAAGAAAAACAAGAAUUGGUUCAAGAGGAAGAAAAAGUGAAGAUUAAUGGAAAUAUUGAGGGAAAAUUGAAGGAGAAUGGUGUCAUCAAUUAGUUUGGAUUAGAUAUUUUAGUAAAAAUAAUUAAUUAUGUUUUGCUGCUUUUGAUUCGACAGUUUUAAAGUUCAUGUUUAAUUAGGAAUUAGGCAUAUUGAAAUGAUAUAUGUAUAUAACUAUAUUACCUGGCUUAAUGUUAUUUCUUAUAUGUUGUCAUGAAUUUUUUUUUCUUA